CAACCCCGCUCUCACCCAACCAUCUCUCUCCAGUUGUGGUGAUUGUUGUUGUUGUCUCGUGCGCUGCAUCCUCUUCUGGAUUCAUCGUUGGCCCGGGUCGCGAGAGAGGCGACGGGUCUGGUUUAUUCUCUACAGAGAAAGAAAGGGGAGGACACGCAAAGAGAGAGGCUGCUGCUAGAACGAAGACGAGGAGAGAUGGGGGAGGCGGCCGGCAAGUCCCAGAAGAGCUACUUCGACGUGCUGGGGAUCUGCUGCCCGUCGGAGGUGCCCCUCGUCGACAAGCUCCUGCAACCGCUGCCGGGGGUCCAGAAGGUGACCGUCAUCGUGCCGUCCCGGACCGUCAUCGUCGUCCACGACGCCGACACCAUCUCCCCAUCCCAAAUCGUCAAGGUGUUGAACCAGGCGAAGCUUGAGGCGUCUGUUCGAGCUUACGGCAGUGGCACAGUGAAGAUAAGGAACAAAUGGCCGAGUCCGUACGUUCUUUUCUGUGGAGUUUUUCUGGUUGUAUCGCUGUUCGGGCAUUUCUGGCAUCCCCUGAAAUGGUUUGCACUGGUGGCGGCGGCUGCUGGCCUGCCACCGAUCGUUCUGAGAAGCAUUUCAGCUGCCCGGAGGCUCACCCUCGAUGUCAACAUACUCAUGCUCAUUGCAGUUUCUGGGGCGAUAGCUCUGAAGGACUAUUCUGAGGCUGGCUUCAUUGUUUUCCUCUUCACUACAGCUGAAUGGCUUGAAACCAGGGCGAGCCACAAGGCGACUGCUGGGAUGUCAUCGCUAAUGGGCAUGUCACCACAAAAGGCUGUUCUAGUAGAGACCGGGCAAGUGGUUGCGGCUCAGGACGUGGCGAUCGAUACAUUAAUAGCUGUCAAGGCAGGGGAAGUCAUUCCAAUUGAUGGUGUUGUUGCUGAUGGACGGAGUGAGGUUGAUGAGAGUACCCUCACUGGGGAGUCAUUCCCGGUAGCGAAGCAACCAGAGUCCCAUGUCUGGGCUGGGACGAUCAACAUAGAUGGUUACAUUGCUGUGAGGACAACUGCUAUGGCUGACAACUCUGCAGUGGCUAAAAUGGCAAGGCUAGUUGAAGAAGCACAAAACAGUAGGUCCAAUACACAGAGGCUGAUUGAUACAUGCGCCAAGUACUACACACCCGCUGUUGUUGUCAUGGCUGCGGCAGUAGCAGUGAUCCCUGUGGCGGUCAGAGCACACAACCUCAAAUACUGGUUCCAAUUGGCCCUUGUCUUUCUAGUGAGCGCUUGCCCAUGUGCUCUAGUGCUCUCGACGCCGGUUGCCACCUUCUGCGCUCUACUGAGGGCUGCGAGAACAGGGCUCCUCAUCAAAGGAGGGGAUGUCCUAGAAUCCCUAGCCAAGAUCAAAGUUGCUGCUUUUGAUAAAACCGGUACAAUUACCAGAGGAGAGUUCUGUGUCGAGGAAUUCCAGGCAGUUGGCGAACGUGUCUCCAUGCAACAACUUCUUUACUGGGUUUCAAGCAUUGAAAGCAGAUCAAGCCACCCUAUGGCAUCUGCGCUUGUUGACUAUGCUCAAUCGAAGUCAGUGGAACCAAAAUCAGAGAAUGUCACUGAGUUUCAAAUCUACCCUGGAGAGGGGGUUUAUGGUGAGAUUGACGGGGAAGGUGUAUAUAUUGGGAACAAAAGAAUUUUGUCAAGGGCCUCAUGCGAAACAGUUCCAGACAUGAAAGACAUGAAAGGAGUUACCAUCGGAUAUGUUGUCUGCAAAAAGGAAUUGAUCGGAGUAUUUACUCUAUCGGAUUCCUGUCGAACUGGAUCAGAUGAAGCUAUCAAGGAGCUGAGAUCAUUGGGCAUCAAGUCAGUGAUGCUAACUGGGGAUAGCGCUGCGGCAGCUGCAUAUGCACAGAACCAGCUUGGGAACAUCCUUGAAGAGGUUCAUUCUGAUCUUCUUCCAGAGGACAAAGUGAGAAUUGUUGAUGAACUCAAGGCAAAAUAUGGCCCUACGCUGAUGAUUGGCGAUGGCAUGAAUGAUGCCCCAGCAUUGGCUAAGGCUGAUGUUGGAGUCUCGAUGGGUGUAUCUGGUUCAGCUGUAGCAAUGGAGACGAGCCACAUUACUCUGAUGUCGAAUGACAUCCGCAGGAUUCCAAAGGCUGUCCAGCUGGCACGGAGGACAUACCGGACUAUCGUUGUGAACAUCAUCUUCUCAGUGAUUACGAAGCUUGCAAUUGUUGGACUUGCACUAUCCGGACAUCCACUUAUUUGGGCAGCUGUCCUUGCAGAUGUUGGUACAUGCUUGCUGGUGAUCAUGUACAGCAUGUUGUUAUUGAGAGAGAACAGUCGAAAGGUGAAAAAAUGUUGUGCUUCUUCACAGCAUGGAUCGCACACAAAGAAGCAUUGUGUUUCCCGCCACUGCUCAGAUGGUCCGUGCAAGUCAAUAGGCAGUUGCAAAGAAUCUUGCAAUUCACACUCAGCUGCUGGUAAGCAUGCUUGUCAUGAUCAUGGUCACAGCCAUAACCACUGCGAAGAGCCCAGCAACCAGCUGCUUACAGAAAAACAUGCUUGCCAUGAUCAUGAUCAUACCCAUAACCACUGCAAAGAGUCAGGCAACCAGCUGGUUGUAGAGAACCAUGCUGGCCAUGACCACUGCAAAGAGCUGAGCAGCCCGCGCUUCAUCAACAAGCAUGAUUGCCAUGAUCAUGAGCACAGUCCCUGCAAAGAACCCAAUACUUCGCUUUCUGACAGUGAGGGUGCGUACCAUGACCAUGAGCAUAGCCACUGCGAAGAACACAGCCAUUCACACUCUGCAGGUGAGCAUGCUUGUCAUGAGCAUGAACAUAGCCAGUGCAAAGAACCAAUCAUUCUGCAUUCCACUGGUGAGCAUGCUUGCCAUGACCAUGAGCAUAGCCACUGCGAAGAACACAGCCAUUCACACUCUACAGGUGAGCAUGCUUGUCAUGAGCAUGAACAUAGCCAGUGCAAAGAACCAAUCAUUCUGCAUUCCACUGGUGGGCAUGCUUGUCAUGACCAUGACCAUGAGCACCAUUGCCAUGCUGAACAGCAAACUUUGCACACUGCGGAUACGCACCACUGCCAUGACCAUGUGGAGAUUGAGGAAUCAAAAAAGGACUGCCAUGCCGAGCUACGGCACCACCACAGCCAUUGCUGCCAUGAACCUCAUGAUCAAGACAACAUUGCAGUUGAGCCGGUUCAAGAAUACUCAAUAUCAAUCGGUGCGACGUCUGAAAACCAUGAGCAGCACAGCCAAUGCAGUCACCACAAUGAAGAGCACAAAGAGGAAGACUGUGGAAGCCAUCUGAAGGCGAAGGAUUGUGUUCCACCUCCCGCCGACUGUGUCAGCAGAAACUGCAGCAGCGUAACCAGCAACAAGGGGUUUGGAAGCGAAGGCAAAGACAUUUGUUCAAGCUGGCAGGUUGUCUGUGCCAGGGAAGCCAGCCGGUGCUGCAGGAGCUACGUGAAGUGCCCCAGGACUAGCGGCUGCUGCAGCCACAGCAUACUGAAACUGCCUGAGAUUGUGGUUGAGUAGGGUAGAAGAACUGAAGAAUUAUAUACAUAUAUCAACAACUAAGUUUAAUUCAACAGCGUAAACUAGGUUGCCGGUGCAGGGUGUUCGAUCUAGUUAUAUAGCUUUGCUGAAGAAAAUGGUGUAGAAUUUUGACGAAGCAGAUGUCUGAAAGGGACUCUGCUUGGUUGUUUCUUGCGCCUGUGUGUGCAUCUUCUGUAAGGAUUGGAGGAGUUGCAAUAGAGACUGUCGUAUUUGAUCUGAUGUGCA